AUGGGGCUCCGUGGUACAGCCCUACAAGUUGGUGCGACUGUGGACCGGCCAAUUGUGCAUACACUUCGCUGCCUGCAUCAACCAUUCAACCUGCGAGUACGUCCGCCGCGCCAACGAAUAUCCCAGGCCAAGGCGGUAUUCCGGCCUGUUGCGGUUGCUUCAAGCAAGGAAACAUCAGCAUACUGUAACUGCGGUGGUAUACUGGCUCCAACCCUCAAUCCCACCGCUUCUGGGCUGCUAAACUGUGCCUACACGGCUCUGCCAACUCAUUCCUACGACCCGGGGCGGACGCCGCCAUCUGCUACGCCAGCCCGCUCAUAUGCACCUGGAAAGUGCAAGGUGCAUAUCGUGCAAGCCCUCGGACAACAAUUUAGAGAUCCUGAAGUCGUGCUCGGCAUUAAUAUCACUGACGCGCAUGGCACCACUAUUGGUAAUAACAAGGGCUCCGUUAAGUGGGGUCAAACACUCAAUACAGACAGUCUACUCCCAUGGGUCCUCAUAGUGACUCCGCAGAGUGGUAUUAGUAGCAAGAGAGGAACAUCUGGGGCAUUCCUUCGAAAGAGGGCGGGGGGUCCUAUUCACUCUAAUCGGCUGUUGUUCGAGAGCGGCCCGGUUUAUUUUGCGUAUGCUUCGCAAACGUGGGAUACCACCUCUUCACAAUGCUCGGUGGGAGACUGGAAUAACGGCAACGCGAACGACUUCUUUGAAUCCCUGAUUUUCGGUGAAGACUUUUUGCCUAAUCGCCAAAUCGAUUGCUUAUUUGACUGCCCGGCUCCAGAUAAUAGUGAGAAACGGGAUAUGGUUGAGCAUCAUGACAAAGGAUGGAAGCAAGACUUGAAAAGUCCUUCGCCGACUAUCGGCAACGACCCGUCACCUAGUGUUGAGCAACUCUAUGAGAUACGAGAUCUGAAUCCCCAAGCAAGCCAUGGCGCAGCGUGGGUCAAGUACGCCCCAAGUGGAGCACGAUAUUUCAAAGAGUGGCAAGAAAAGACAGGCAAUGACAUAGUUUACUCAUGCGAUUUCGACGAUUUCUUCAAUGUCGUAGCCUUGAACCGAGCACAGCCAGCGAGCGGUAUCCGAGGCAUCCUCCAAGAAGCAGGAUACGGCACUGGCCGGGAGUAUCUCGCUGUCUCUAUCGAAGGCCCCAAGGACAACCCCAUCGCUGACUUUACCAACACCAUCAGCGCCACCCAGGGCGUCUUUCUGGCCAACACGAACGACCGCGGCAGCCCACCUGUGGCCUGGCAGUUUUCAGCGGUUGCCUGGGAAUUGUGGAAAAGAACCGUGCUGACAGAGAACCCGGAAUGGAAAAAUGACAUGUCAAAAGCAGACUACUCAGGCAUCACGUCUUUCUGGCGCCGGGAGAUCGACAAUGAGGACACCCAGUCCAUCCUCCACGACGCUUUCAAUGACCUGGAUAUCAAUUCCAUCCAGACGUGGUACCCGGCCGAUACUAAUCAAGAUACCAACCCUUUCUGGGCGCUGCUGGGGAGCCCUAAUGGCAAUGGAAUCCAGCACUUCUUGACGGAUAACAAGGUGGAGCUAAAGGGUAAGAGAGUAAUCAGUAUCAGUGCGGUGAUGAGAAGUAGUGGGUAUUAUACCAUGUGGGCGACCUUUGGAUGA